GAGUUAAUUCAUGAUCAUAAGGGAUCCAAUGCGUAUAAAUACGAGUGAGAACCGCCGUGAAUGGGAAGGGUCAAAACGUGAAGAGCAGAUUCAUCACGACUUGCGAUCUCACUAUUGGCUUCCUCCUGCACGACUUGAACGCUGCGCAUCUUUAACUCGGUCCCAUAUAUUGCGCCAACAGCCUACUCGCCUUCGCCCACCAUGAGCACAGAGAAGCACGACAUUACGCUCUACUGCGAGGGCACCCCCAAUCCCCUCAAGAUCUCCAUUGCCCUCGAGGAAUUGGGCUUGAAGUAUAACGUACGCACAAUCAACCUCUUUGAACAUGAGCAGAAAGAACAGUGGUACCUCGACAUCAACCCCAAUGGUCGCAUCCCAGCCAUCGUCGUCACGGACGAGAACGGCCAGCAGCUCAAAAUCUGGGAAAGCGGCGCCAUCUUGCAGUAUCUCGUAGACCGGUACGAUGUGGACCACAAGAUCUCGUAUCCUCGUGGGACCAAAGAGCACUGGGAGAUGACAAGUUGGCUCUUUUGGCAGGUGAGCGGCCUCGGCCCUAUGCAAGGCCAGGCAAACCACUUUGAGAUGUCCGCUUUUGGCGACUAUCCGUACGCUUUGAAGCGCUACGUCAACGAAACACGCCGCCUCUAUCGCACCAUGGACAAGGCACUCGCCAAGAAUCUCUCCGGAUACCUCGUAGGCGAUCAUCUCACCAUCGCCGACAUUGCUAUUUGGCCGUGGGCCACCGCGUAUAAGUAUAGUGGUCUUUCCCAGAUUGACGAGUUCCCUCACGUCAAGGAAUGGAUGUACAGGCUCCUCGCGCGCCCUGGGUUCGAGAAGGGUCGCAACGUGCCGAAUCCUCAUAUUUACCUUCAGCUCAACGAGCUGCCGGAUGAAGAACUGAAGAAGAUUGGGAGGGAGAGGUCCGGUUGGAUUCAGGAGGCUAUGAAGCGCGAUGCUGAAUGAUCUUGGGGUAGUCUGCCGUACGGCUAGGCCGUGGGCCGACCCCAUAAGCAGUGGCUUGUGUCAUGCUCGUGGCAUUGGCUCGGGCUCGGUAUACCAUCUCCCACCCCCAACCCGAUCACCCCUUUUACACCAAAACACUACAUAUUCGAACAACGACAGCAUAGUCAAUUGUGAAGCUAUUAGCAAGCAGGGAAUUGAGCUAGUUAGGUAAUUGCAUGUGGUUUAAGCUUAAUGUGCAUUUGUCAGCCCACAGGCCCUACAAAUUUUACCUGAUCGUCGCAAG